UCCUCUUCUGUACACCAUUCUCUCCAGGAUCCAUACACCAACAAUGACCAACAAUUAACUGGCUAUCACAGAGUUACUUUGACAGCUUCAUGCCACAUGUAACAACAUCUUCAGCUAGCUGUAACUACAUCUCCUCCAGUUUCCUAUUGAGAACACAUAACAAGUUCCUUGGCAACCGUUCUCUAAGAGAGCAGUUGUACGACCUUUGAGAAAUUAAUCAUUUUUGUAAACGGAAGAAAAUGUGUGUACAAAAAACAAAGGUUUUUAUUACCGAUGACCAUGCAAGAUCGACCACAAUCACUCUGCCAAAGCCACUGAAUCAGUAAUUUUUUUCAUAGUCCUCCUGCUGUACUCUAGCGUCACCUACAGUACAAUGGAUGAAUACCGGGCCUUCAUAAGAUGAGUUCUUGCAAUCACUAAGGAGUCGCACUUUGGGGAAUACUUCAUCUAAUGAAGGUGCUCAGCUGUGUUACACCUUAGACAGUUUUUACAGCGUUAAAUUAUAAAACCGGAAACUUUCAGAAAUCUUAAUAUGGAUUCCAAGAAAAAAAUGAAAUGGGAGAACUUCCGUGCCAAGGCUAAGGCCCCCUUUGCCAACAUCAAGAUCAAAAAGGGGGCUGGUAAGAAAGUCCAAGGUAAACCGUUGGCCCACAGACGUAGUAUAUCAGUGCCUGACCUCAGGUUGAUACCCAGCGAGUCCUCUUCCUUAGCUACUGACCUCCUGUGCACCACCUCUAAUGCCAUCUUCUUUGACUCAAGUCAAAGUGAUACCAGCUCUAUCUCCAGUGGCCCAUUGUUCACAGACAGACUAACGGUACCUGAUUCAGCCACUCCAGUCAGACAAACUAUUUCAGAUUCUGCUUUUGUGGAUGGUGGAACGGGAAAUUAUAGAGGAAGUGGCCCUGUGGAAGAGGUGACGUUCUUUGAGGACGAAGAGGAAGAAUUGAGCAUGCCUGAGGAAAGUGUGGACCAACCUGUGGAUGGGCUCUCCAGAGAACCUCUGACUAGACUGGCUUCCAGAGACUUACCAGUGCCCGCACCCAGGAUCAUAACAGCAGCUAGAGGAGAGACGUCUUCUCCUGAAACGCAACAAAGUCCCUUAGUUGAGACCAGGAGGUCUCGAUCCAUAGAAAGGUUUCCCUCCUCUGUGGACAGAUCUGACCUUCCUGUGGACCGUGGUGCUGCAUCAAGAGAAAAAGAAAACCCUUCUGGGGAACAAGUUAGCUUCCUUCUGGAUAAGCUGGCGUAUUCAGGGGUACGUGGGAGACUGUUUUCAGAAGGCUACACUCCUCCAACAAGCAGAGCAAAACUGAAAAUCGCUCCAGAUAGAUGGUCCCUGCCAGUAGCCACACAGGGCACCCCUGUGGAGAGUGCAGAUGGGGAGUCUGCUUGUGGCAGCCCGAUAGAGGAGCACUCCAACGCGCCCUGGGCUACUGACCCCGAGGACCUGGACAUGAGAGAGUCUCUCUCCUCUGACAUGACAAUGUUCUCCAUGGAGCCCCAGGACGACAUGGAGGAGUGCAAUGAGCAGAGCGACCAGUAUGAGCAGCCCAUGCAGGACCAAGCAGCCGACAGUGAUACAGCAGGGGGGUCUGUGCCCGCUGCUUUUCAGAGGUAUCUCCUCACCAUCAACCUGAAGGAAGGUAGAAACCUGUUUAUCCGGGAUCGCUCUGGUGCAAGUGAUCCUUACGUCAAAUUUAAAAUUGGAGGGAAGAUGUUCUACAAAAGCAAAGUGGUGCGCAAAAACCGGGAUCCCAGAUGGAACGAGUCGUUCUCUUACGCUCUGCGUGACCGGGAUCACAGUGUGGAUGUCCGAGUAUAUGACCGAAAUCUGACCUCUGAUGUCUUCAUGGGGUCUAGCACUCUUGUCUUAACUAACCUAGAAUUAGACAAGACUUGUGAGAUGGAAUUGUGUCUAGACAACCCCAAAUGUAAGGUGGAUAUGGGGGUCAUUGUUCUAGAGACCUGUCUGACCCUGAGAGACGCCACUAUUAAACGGAAUCCGAGAUGGCUGCCAAAACGAAGGAGAAGCUUCAGGGGAGGCCAGCAGAACCUGAACCAGAUCCGGGAGCAGCGCACAACUGAGGCCCAAGCCAAGAGUCAGCUGUGGAGUGGGUUGUUUGGCAUCAGCCUGGUGGAGGGCCAGGAAAUGCCACAGAAUGGCUAUGGAGAUAUCUAUGUCCGCUUCAGACUGGGGGAGCAGAAGUACAAGAGCAAGAACCUGUGCAUCCAGGCCAACCCCCAGUGGAGGGAGCAGUUUGACUUCAACAAUUACGAUGACGUCCUGGAGCCCCUGCAGGUGGAGGUGUAUGCCAAGAGAGGAAGGAAGUGUGAGGAAUGCUGGGGGAUGUUUGAUAUAGACUUGACCAGACUGUCUGUGGAUGAGAAGCAGCUCUACACACACAUGCUGGACCCAGGGAGGGGCAGCCUGGUGCUACUGGUGACCUUGAGCCCCAGCUGGGGGGUGUCUGUGUCCAACAUCAACGCCUGCCCCCUGGACCAACCAGACAACAGGGACAUCGUCCUGGACAAAUAUAGCUUGAAGAACACGCACAAGAGCAUGAGGGAGGUGGGCUUCCUUCAGGUCCAAGUUCUGAAGGCUACAGAUGUCCUGUCUGCAGACCUCAAUGGUAAAAGCGAUCCAUUCUGUGUUGUUGAACUUGGGAACAGCAGACUACAAACUCAAACCAUUUACAAGACGCUCAACCCAGAGUGGAACCAAGUCCUUGCAUUCCCUAUAAAGGACAUCCAUGAGGUGCUGGAGCUGACCGUCUUUGAUGAAAACACAGACAAAUCUACAAACUUCUUGGGCAAAGUGGCCAUUCCUUUGCUUUUUGUUCCAAAUGGACAGCAGGUCUCCUAUCAGUUGAAGAAGGAGGACCUGGGAAGACCCUCAAAAGGAACCAUCACACUGGUGAUGGAGGUUAUCUACAACCCAAUCAGAGCAGGCGUAAAAACCUUCAAACCAAAGGAGACCAAAUUCCUGGAAGAUAGCCCUAAAUUUUCCAAAAAGGUCCUUGCCCAGAAUAUAUAUCGGGUUCGCAAAAUCAGCACAGCGGUCCUGUACACGUUACAGUACAUUAAAAGCUGUUUUCAGUGGGAGAGCACGCAACGGAGUAUAAUAGCCUUUCUGAUGUUUGUGCUGACCGUGUGGCACUGGGAGCUCUUCAUGCUGCCCCUCUUCCUUCUCCUGCUCGUUGGCUGGAACUAUGUCCAGAUCACACUGGGCAGGAUCAGCUCCAACCAGGACCUGGUGAACAUGACCAUGGCCGACGAAGAGGAGGAAGAUGAGAAGGAAUCCGGGAAAAAAGGUUUGAUGGAAAAAAUCCAUAUGGUGCAGGAGAUAGUCAUCACUGUCCAAAACAUUUUAGACGAAAUUGCGAGCGUGGGAGAAAGAAUCAAGAACACUUUCAACUGGUCUGUACCCUUCCUGUCCUGUCUUGCCUGUCUGGUUCUCUUUGUGGCAACGACAGCGUUAUACUACAUCCCACUGCGCUACAUCGUGUUGAUAUGGGGCGUUAACAAAUUUACCAAGAAGCUGCGCAGCCCCUAUGCCAUUGACAAUAAUGAAAUACUGGAUUUCCUCAAGAGGGUGCCUUCAGAUGUUCAAAUGGUGCAGUACAGCGAGCUGCGAUCUCCUGGCGUCCAGGGCCCGCCAAAGAAGAGAAAGUAAGCCCAGCUGACAUGCCAGAUGAAAGGCCGUCCUCUUUUGAAAACGGCCCGGCCUGGUACGGCCCCGACAACGACGCCCCGGUGACAGCAGAACCCGCGACCCACUUCUCCCCCCUGGUACCACCCGCCCCCCAACCCCCUCCCCCCGGCACCCUCCAUACCCCUGCCCCCUGCUGCUGGGGUGCAGCCAGACGCUCUUUCGCUUGUGUGUCCACCACCCCCCCACCACCACCAUCCCCUGACAAGGGCAUUGCACCGUUCAGGCUAGGAGGGCAGCACCUGGAGCUGUCAUUCACAGAUGCAGGGCUGGAGAAAUCAGGGCACUAUCAGACUCAUCCUGCUUCCACCAGCACAAUGCUGAGGAGAACGACAGGAGCUGUACUUAAUUAGGAAAUAUACAGUGCUCUCGUUUACGUUUCAAUAAUGCUUUAACACAUAACAAUGAAAAACUUGAAAAAUCGAUUUUAAACUGAGAACAAACCAGGUUGCAGUUCUUGCUUUUCUAACUUGAAUCAUGCAUGACAAAUCCAAUAUUUACUCUGUUCUAACAUUUUACCAAACACACAAUAAUGAAUAGCAAUUGAUGCUGCACUACCAGGAAUAUAUAUUGUGCUUUGAUAAUCUUUAUUUUAUUAAUGUAAAUUUCGUUGAUCCCAGAAGUUUAUGUUGACAUGUCCUCACAUUCACAUUACUGUAUAACAUACUUAUUUUUCUAGUGGCCGUGCCAUCGGCAGAUUAUGAAUAUAUUAUGUAAUUUAAAUGUAUUGCUUUUUUUUAUCCCGCAAAAAAUAUUGUCAAAUUACUAUACAGUCCAUUUAUUGGGUGUGCUCAAGCCUUCGGCGAGAGCACAACCUUUGUUCUCUCACAUAUAUAUUAUUAUUAUUAUUUUUUUUAUUUCUUUUUGCCCCCCUAAAACUCAGUCAAUAUUUGGCCUACAUAGACAACGUAGGUGUCAAAAGUUUCGUCUUGGUAGCGAUUGAGUUGCUUCUAUUGGAAUUUACGUUCCGUUGUAUGGUUUAAGUGGAAAUUACGUUUUUGUGGCGAAAAGUGAAGCUAACGGUGGCUAAUUUGCUAGCCACAGUCACUGGCGUUACUAACGUCACUACGUCACUAACGUCACGAAAACACGCGUGACUACCUUUGGCAGAACAUUCGUUUCGCAUCUGUUAACUUGGGAGAUAGCUAGGCUAACUAUAGCUUUACUGGAAGGCAGCUGCAGAAACGCCACAAGCAAAGAGGCCAGGGUGAUAACUAUUUAUUACUUUGUGAUAUGACACACAAUUGUGAUGUGUAAUGUACAGUAUAAGCUGAUAUUAUUAAGGAAGUACAUCUACUUUCGGAAACAGUAGUCUACUAUUUCACUGACGUAUUAGCAUCAUGACAUUAGCCUGUGUUGCCCGGGCAACACAUACUACAGUAGUCUAUGAUGUAGCGUUAUCUGUUUUCAAUCGUUAAAAUAAACAUUCCUCACAUAUAUAUUUUCGUUGUAGGAUUUAUUCUGACAUUAGUAAACGAUUUGUUGGUGAAAUUACCAUUACCUGUGGUUUCAAACCAGUGUUGCUCACUGCAACGCUGUAGCCUAGCGAGACACACUACAAAAACAUCUACAGUACACAGCUGUUUAGGAAAUCAAACGGCGACAGAACAUGUUCGGCACUCCCCUUACUUAAAUCAAAAGUCUCUGACCACUAACCUGAACUUCAUUGCCACAGCCUAAACUUUGUCAAUCUGUUCAUGAAAAUAAUUAAUUUCAGCCUAAACCUUACAACGGAACGUUAAAUCGAAUUCAACCAACGCAAUCGCUACCAAGACGAACACAGUAGUCUAGUACUGUACCGUAGUAUAAUUUACCGGGGCAGCUUCUCCACACAGGGCUAUAUCGCAUUUUGCGUUGUUACUGACAAUGAUCGCUACCAGUGAGCUUUUUAUGAAUGAGCGAUUUUCCACUAAAUAAAUGUCAAGCUUAUUUACGUUUUUGAGGGCAUUUUUUCAGUUAGCAGAUGGUAAUGUUUGAAUCGCGAUUCCAUCUUCUACUGCCGGUAACGUCGUAGAAUAAUCUUCAAAGGGGGUUCUUUAUUCAUGAAUGAAUGCAAUAUGAGUAGGCUAAAUGCCUGAAAAUAUCAUGAGAAGGGAAAACUUAAAAGGACGUUUAAGUCAUAGAGAUUAGGUCAAUUUUUACACCGGUCUGCCAAAUGUAUUCGUUGAUUCAGCUAUGAGGCUGCCUCUUGCAGGGGAAAUGAGAAGACAUCAUAUUUCAUUCUACACUUAACUCGUAUUUUUAGUUGUAAAUGAGCAGCAAAAAAAAGAUGCUUUUAAAUCUAUGUAAUCUUUAUAAAUAAUAAGUAGGCCCUAUGCAUUUUUAGAUAAAAUAUACAGAAAUAUCAGUUGUAAAAAUGUCAUUAAAAAACGGACCCCUGUGCAACCGACGCAAGCAAGCACACCCUACAAUUUCCCCAGAAAUUGUACCCUCUCUAGUUUAUCUUACAGUCCCUGUUGUGAAUUUGUGAAUGAAAUCUCAAAUAAAUAAAAAGCAUUUACCAUC